AAGUGUUCUGCUAGCCUUAGCUAAGCUAAUUCAUUUCGUAUGCUCCUAGAGACAUGGGGGCUGUUUUUCACAGCCUUUACUGACAGCGGUGGUGUCAACCGUCCACUUUGAACAAAACCUCAAAUCCAGAGUUCAUUGUGUAUUAAGCUGCCAGGUCAGUCCUGAAGAUGGAGUCCAUGCUGAACAAACUGAAAAGCACCGUUACCAAGGUAACGGCGGAUGUCACCAGUGCCGUUAUGGGGAAUCCAGUGACACGGGAGUUCGAGGUUGGGAAGCAUAUUGCAAGCGGAGGUCCUGGGCUGUGCUGGAGGAUUUAUAACGGCACUAAGAAAUCCACCAAACAGGAGGUGGCAGUGUUUGUGUUUGAUAAGAAGAUGAUUGACAAGUAUCAGAAGUUUGAUAAGGACCAAAUAAUUGACUCGUUGAAAAAAGGGGUGCAACAGCUGACGAGACUGCGUCAUCCCCGUCUCUUGACAGUGCAGCAUCCUCUGGAAGAAUCAAGAGACUGCCUGGCAUUCUGCACAGAGCCAGUGUUUGCCAGUCUGUCUAAUGUGUUGGGCCAAUGGGACAACCUGCCUAGCCCCGUGCCCAAAGACAUCAAGGAAUACAAACUUUAUGACGUGGAAACCAAGUACGGCUUGUUACAGAUCUCAGAGGGUUUAUCUUUCCUCCACAGUGGGGUCAAAAUGGUUCAUGGCAACCUAUGUCCAGAGAAUAUCAUCCUUAAUAAAAGUGGAGCCUGGAAGAUCAUGGGCUUUGACUUCAGCAUCUCCUCCACCAACCCUUCAGAUGCUGAGCCAAAGUACACGUGCAAAGAGUGGGAACCCAACCUUCCUCCACUCUGCCUCCCCAACCCAGAGUAUCUGGCUCCUGAGUACAUACUUUCUGUUAGUUGUGACUCCGCCUCUGACAUGUACUCUCUGGGGGUCGUCAUGCACGCCGUUUUUAAUGAGGGCAAGCCCGUCUUCCAAGUAAACAAGCAUGACAUUUUUAAGAGCUUCAGCCGGCAGUUGGACCAGUUAAGUAGCAUGAGUCCAACAGUGCUCGGCAAAAUUCCCGAGGAGGUGCGAGAGCAUGCGAAGAUGCUGCUGAGUGUCACGCCAAACGUCCGGCCAGAUGCAGACCAGAUAACCAAGAUCCCUUUCUUUGAUGAUGUUGGCGCAGUCACUCUGCAGUACUUCGACUCCCUUUUCCAGAGGGACAACCUGCAAAAGUCCCAGUUCUACAAAGGUCUCCCAAAAGUUCUGCCCAAACUACCAAAGAGAGUGGUGGUGUACCGAAUCUUACCAGCGUUGACUUCUGAGUUUGUCAAUCCAGACAUGGUUCCCUUUGUGCUGCCAAAUGUGCUGCUGAUCGCAGAGGAGUGCACUAAGGAGGAAUAUGUGCGCCUCAUCAUGCCCGACCUCUCGCCUGUCUUCAAGCUGCAGGAGCCGGUCCAGGCUAGUAAUAUGAUCUUGCUGAUAUUCCUGCAAAAAAUGGACCUUCUUCUGACAAAAACUCCACCAGAGGACAUCAAGAACAGCGUGCUGCCGAUGGUCUACAGAGCCGUGGAGGCUCCUUCAAUACAAAUCCAGGAGCUGUGCUUGAACAUCAUUCCAUCCUUUGCAAACCUGAUAGACUAUCCCUCCAUGAAGAAUUCCCUCAUCCCCCGGAUCAAAUCAGCCUGCCUCCAGACCUCCUCUCUUGCUGUGCGAGUGAACUCUUUGGUGUGUUUGGGGAAGAUAUUGGAAUAUCUGGACAAAUGGUUUGUCAUUGAUGAGAUCCUGCCCUUCCUACAACAAAUCCCUUCUAGAGAACCUGCUGUUCUCAUGGGCAUUUUAGGAAUCUAUAAGUGCACCUUUAGCCACAAGAAACUUGGCAUCCCCAAAGAGCAUCUGGCCACUAAAAGUUUGCCUCACCUGGUCUCCCUUAGUAUAGAUAAUAACCUCAAUCUUAACCAGUUUAAUUCCUUCAUGGUGGUUAUCCGCGAGAUGCUGAACCGCAUGGAGGCUGAACACAAGACCAAGCUGGAGCAGCUGCAUGCCAUGCAGGAGCAGCAGAGGAGUCUUAAUAUCUCAAAUCCACUGAAUCAAUCAGAAGAAAUCAAGAGCCCCCCUAGUUCUGGUAACCAGAUUGAUGACAUCUUUGGGAGCUCGGGUGUGAAUGGAAAAGAAAAUGGGUCUGCUGCCCCCACCUCACAGCCUAAUCGAGUGUCUCUGACUCUGGAGGAGAAGCAGAGGUUGGCCAAGGAGCAGGAGCAGGCAGCUAAACUAAGGAGCCAGCAGCCGUUGGCGCCACAGGCGGUCAAAGCCGCCUCCACCUCUAGCUCACAGACCAAGGAUCUGACCAGCAGCCUUUUCAACAGCAUGACGGCAAUAGACAACUUGUCCUUGGCCAACACGGUGCGGCCCGCUCCAGUGCCAGGUCCCACCAUGCCUGCCUUCCCCUCUGCUACUCCCGUGGUUGGAUCCAUGGGCCCCCCCGUCCCCAAUGGUUUCAACCCGACUUUGGGCUUCCAGACUGGAGGUAUGGGAAUGGGCAUGCGGCCCUCGGGCCCCAACCUCUACAGCGGAAUGGCGGCCACAACCAGCACCCCGAACUUCGGAGCCCUGGCGCAUAACCAAGGACCAUCUGGGUCCAUGAGCAAAGCUCCAGACAUGUCCGCUUUGGACAACCUUUUUACACCCAGCAAGCCCAAAGUUCCUCUCAACCAAAUGGGCCCCAAAGCUCCUCCUGGAAACGGCAGCCCAUGGCUCAGUCAGUUCGGUGCAACCCAGAGCCCUCAGACUCAGAUGCAGAAUGUGCCAGUAGGUAUGGGAGGGGCGUCUAGUGGCUUUGGGAUGCAAGCAAACCCUUUCUUCAGCCCGCAGAACUUUUCUCAACCAGCUGCUGCUCCUGCCAUGAACCAGGCUGGGGUCAAACACAGUGCAUCUGCGAACAAUGACCUGAAGGACUUGUUUGGCUAAAGAAUGUUGAGUCGAUGACCACGGACAGAAGAGCUUUGCCGUCUCCCAGAACAAAAGUGGAGAACAGGCUGUCUGUUUAGUAUUUUAAACUUCACUUGAAUAUAAAGUCUUGUACUCACAGCCUGCUGGCAACUGAACCUUCACCCAAAUUCCAUUUCUACUUGACCAAGAGGGACAGACGCUUCUUCUAUGCUGUGUUCUUUAAAGGCUGGGGGUUUCCUACUCUUUUCUACUUUACAUUCUUGCAAGUCCAGAUGAGUUGAAUUGAGCUUAAGUUAUUUUUAGUUUUAAAAGACGUUUAAUUUUACAGAAAAACAUCUAGCAUCUUCAUUUCCUAGUCUGCUCCUUUUUUAGCUACCCUGCUCUGUAGAAUCUGCUGCAUGCAAAGAGAUCAGAGGCUUCAAAACAGAUCACCCCGACGGUCUAAAUCCAAAGGGACUUGAAAAGUAGCUUUGACUAAACGGGAAUCAAUGAUUUACAUCCUGAGGGUGAAUCUGAAGCAGUUACAGAAUAAAUACAACAAAAUCGCACUGUUUAUCUCCAUGGCAACUCAUCUUCCCCAACAUCAGGACCUUUUUUUUUCUUGUUUGAAAAUUCCCUUCUUAUCAUUCAAUUUCUUCAUUUAGAGUUCUAUAAAGAAACGUUAAUUUUAGAAUUUGCCAAUAAUCAAACCAAAUAGAUUUGUUUUCUUUUUUUCUGCAUGAAGAACUGCAGAUGAAGGUAGUAGAGGGUGAUGCGUGCAGCGGCUGUUACAGCUGUGAUGCUCAUGCCAGCACCUGCACUGUUUGUUGUGCCUUACAAAGGUACGUGCAUAGAAGUAGACACAGGGAUUUGUUACUCUUUUUGUGAAAUUAGCUGCUUUUUUUUUUUUUUUUUUUUUUUUUUUUGCAGGUUUUGUAAUAAAUUAAAUAUUUAAAUUUAUUUUACUCUUGAAAGUAAUAAUUCUAGUUGAUUACUUUGAAGAUAUGUUUUAUGUAUUCAUCUGCUAAAUUUAUGGAAUUCAAGUCAACACAAAAUGUGAACAUCUAGUGUGUUUCUUAUGUUCCUGUGUAAACGGUAAAGAGGCCUUAAAUGAGUCCAGUGCAAUAAAUCUGAGGAAUCGAUGGACUAAAAUUACUCUGCAAGUCCUUUUUUUUAACUAUCAACUCAAUAAUAGUUUCAAAAAUCCAUCAAAUUAGCUUUUAGUGAUCGUUUGGUGUAAAUUUGAAGUUUUUUUUAAUUUUAGAUGCACCUUGCUCACGCCGUUUCUGCUGAUGACUGUUGUCAACAACAUGGAUUGUAAAGUGUUUUUUUUUUGUUUUUUUUUUGCCUCACGGAAAUCUGCUUGCUGUCCAUUCACUCGUUCAUGACGUCACCAGACUAGAAAUGUGUUGUCUGUGGAGGAUUUUCGAUCAACGUGAGCGCGUUUCGACUUCAUCAGAGCCUUUGUCGCAUAUUUUGACCUCAAAGCUGAAAACUGAUUCCUAUUCUUCUACUGGAACAUUUGUAUUCUGCUGUCAUGUUUGUGAAGUGUGAGCUUUGUUUUAUGUGUGAAGAUUCUGGUUUCUAAGGUGGUUCACUGAAGAUCUGUACAUAUAUAUAUAUAUAUAAAAAGUACACAAUAAAAUAUUCCA